AUGAACAUGAACCAGCUCAAGAACGCGUCCAACCUGCACGCAGCUAACGCCACGAGCAUCGUCGGCAAUUCCAUGGCCAUUCCGUCCCGGUUGGGCGGCGCAACCAACAGCUCGAUUCUUACUGCUGCACAGUCCACUGGAGGUCCCAUGACCGUCUCUGCCGCCCAAUUGAGCCAACUGAACCUCAGUCAUCACGUUCGCAGUACGGCGUUCAAGUCCGGUAUACCGGUACCAGGUAAUACCGUGGCAAUGGCAAGUACCGGUACUGCGUUGGCGGUAUUAAAUACCGCAGGGGCAGGGGCCCUCCAGCUAUCCGGACGCUGGUCCCUCGACCGAGACGCCUCGGAUUCGACAAAUGACUACCUGGAAGCCAUGGGGCUGCCCUUGAUUGCUCGUCAGGCAGCUGAUAAGCUCGACCUGAUGGUCGUAAUCAAUCAAAGUCCUGGCGAGUUUGUCAUCACUCGACGCACACGCAUUUUCACCGAGACGAAGCAGCUGAAAUUUGGCCAAGAAGUGAACGUCAAGAACAACCUCAUUACCGUCACGGGGGACGCCACUCGGAUCACGACUGUCACGCAGCUUUCCGGGUUUCGAGGGGUGCUGACGGACCUCCGCACUCUGGAUGGACGAGGCCGGAUGCACGUGGAACUGACGCUGACAUUGCCGGAGAAACCGCCCGUGAUUAUCAGUCGCUACUUUACAAAGACGAGCGAGUCGACGUCGUUGGAAAACCUUCCAGCUUUCGACAUUAGUCUGGAGACGGCAGGGGAUGUCAAGCGCAGACGCUGA